AUGUCUGCAGCACCACCCAGCAACCCAGGUUCGCCUGACUCGCCAAACCGCGAACCUGUAGCAGCAGACGCUGGCGUCCAGCCUGAAGUCCAGCCUGAGAACAACCCUGAAAAUGUGCUCACCGCCGAUGACACCGAGGAGGAAGAGGGCCAGUCGGUAGACGGAAGAAGUCUCGCUCCAUCAACCGAGAGUCUCCGCCCAUCCUUGUUCGACUACCGCCAGGAAAAUGGCAGGACCUACCAUCGGUACAAAGAUGGAAAAUACAUUUUCCCCAACGAUGAGCGGGAGAGCGACAGAUUGGAUAUGGAGUUUCAAAUCUGGAUGAUUUCGCUUGACGACAGGCUUGGAGUUGCUCCACCUUGCCUGGGAAGCUCCAAACCCACUCGAGUUCUUGAUAUCGGAACUGGCACGGGUAUCUGGGCCAUGCACUUUGGAGACGAGCAUCCUGAGGCCGAGGUCAUUGGUACCGAUCUGUCCCCAAUUCAACCGGGCUUUGUACCUCCAAACGUCAAGUUCGAGAUCGACGACCUCGAAGAUGAAUGGACUUAUUCUCUGCCGUUUGACUACAUCCACAGCCGAGUCAUGACAUCGAGCAUCGGAGAUUGGUCGGUGUAUCUGCGUAAAUGCUAUGAAAACCUGAAGCCUGGUGGUUACGUCGAGCUGCAAGAGAUUGACCUCUUCGCCACAUCCGACGACGGAACCCUCAAGCCAGAGAGCGCCUUGAUGAGAUGGUGUAACCUGCUCAUGGAGGCGUCGGAGAAGUUCGGCCGCCCCUUCGUCCGAGGCCCUACGCUCAAGGACAUCAUGUCAGCCGCGGGCUUCGUUGAUGUCAGCAUCACGGUGCUGAAGUGGCCUACCAACUCUUGGCCAAAGGACCCCAAGUACAAGGAGAUCGGCAUCUGGGAGAAUGCGAACAUGUUGGAAGGGCUGGAGGGAUUCUCAAUGGCGGCGUUGACCCGUGGCCAUAACUGGAGCAGGAUCGAGGUUGAAGUCUUCCUUGCAGAAGUACGCAAAGACUUUAACGACAAGAGUAUCCAUGCGUACUGGCCCGCGUACUGCAUUGUUGGCCGCAAGCCCGAAACUGUUUGA